AUGAGUUUUGGCUCGCCAAUUCUUGGAAUUGUUGAAAAUUAUGUGAAUAAGAAAUUCGAGAGAAAAUUGGAGGCGGGAAUUUCGGAGAAGAAGCCGAAAAAAAAAGAUGAGAAAAAAAAGUGGCGCCAGAUUUUUGGUGAAACUUUUAUGGGUGAAGCUAUGUUGGCGGAUGAGAGAUUCGAGUGGAUUUGUGAGUUUUUGGGGAGCAAAAUGAGUCUAAAUACAGUGGGGUUUGUGCAAGUGCGCUCCAAUGAGAAUUUGCUCAACCUAGGCUUGUUUAGGCUCAUUUUGAAGCUCUCAAGAUUUUCUACAAAAUGAGCCCAAGAUGAGCAUGUGCGCUCCAAUGAGAAGCCUUCAAAAUUCUCUACAAAAUGAGCCUAAAUUUUACAAGUGCGCUCUAUUGAUAAUCUUGAAAUUUCAUCAGAAAAACAAGGUUGUCUUCAGAGCGCAUUUGCUCCUGAAAAGUCUACAGUAACCCAGGCUUGUUUGGGCUCAUUUUGAAGCUCUCAAAAUUUUCUACAAAGUGAAUCUAGGAUAUGCAUGUGCGCUCCAAUGAGAAGCCUUCAAAAUUCUCUACAAAAUGAGCCUAGAUUUUACAAGUGCGCUCCAAUGAGAAUAUCGAUUUUUCAACUAACAAUUAGGUUAUCAUUAGAGCGCAUUUAUUCUCCAAUAUUCUACAGUAACCCAGGCAUGUUUGGGCUCGUUUUGAAGCUUUUGAAAAUCUCCAAAAGUUACCCUAACUCUUCCAGGCCCUGCCAAUUUCUAUCAAUCGGAAUUCAACGAAACCCUGAACCUCUCCCAAGUUUCAAAAGACAAAAAGGCGCGACGUUACCGGGACCGCGAAAUGCCCGUGAAUCACAAUUAUUUCGUGAAUAUGCGACUUAGCGCAAGUCUCAAAGUCUAUGCUGGAUACGGUGCAAUUGUGGUGCAUUCGGUGGAUUUGAAUGGAAAGACACUGGAAAUUGUGCAAGACACCUCGUUUGAUAUGUCGAUUUUGGCUUGUGGGUUUUUGCGGGGGCUCUUUUGAGCUUAGCUCGAGCUCAAGAGCUUGAAAUUCUCUACAAAAUGAACCCAAACAUGCCUAGAUUUCGCAAGUGCGCUCCAAUGAGAAUAUCGAUUUUUCCAGAGCGCAGUUGCUUUUCCAUAGACAAAAUUAGGCUCAUUUUGAAGCUCUUGAAAUUCUCUACAAAAUGAGCCUAGAUUUGGCAAGUGCGCCCCACUGAGAAUAUCGAAUUUUCCAGAGCGCAAUUGCUUUUCCAUAGACAAAAUUAGGCUCAUUUUGAAGCCCUUCAAAUUCUCUACAAAAUGAGCCUAGAUUUUGCAAGUGCGCUCUAAUGAGAAUAUCGAUUUUUCCAGAGCGCAGUUGCCUUUCCAUAGGCAAAAUUGAGCUUAUUUUGUAGCCCUUGAAAUUCUCUACAAAAUGAGCCCAAACAUGCCCAGAUUUCGCAAGUGCGCUCUAAUGAGAAUAUCGAUUUUUCCAGAGCGCACUUGCUUUUCCCUAGACAAAAUUAGGCUCAUUUUGAAGCCCUUCGAAUUCUCUACAAAAUAAGCCUAGAUUUGGCAAGUGCGCUCCAAUGAGAAUAUCGAUUUUUCCAGAGCGCACUUGCUUUUCCAUAGGAAAAAUUGGGUUCAUUUUGUAGCUCUUUGAAUUCUCUACAAAAUGUGCCUAGAUUUCGCAAGUGCGCUCUAUUGAUAAUAUCGAUUUUUCCAGAGCGCAGUUGCUUUUCAAUAGACAAAAUUAGGUUCAUUUUGAAGCUCUUAAAAUUCUCUACAAAAUGAGCCUAGAUUUUGCAAGUGCGCUCUAAUGAGAAUAUUGAUUUUCUAGACGAAUAGUGUUUUGUCUUUAGAGCGCAUUUGCUCCUGAAAAGUCUACAGUAACCUAGGCAUGUUUGGGCUCAUUUUGAAGCUCUUGAAAUUCUCUACAAAAUGAGCCCAAACAUGCCCAGAUUUCGCAAGUGCGCUCUAAUGAUAAUAUCGAUUUUUCCAGAGCGCACUUGCUUUUCCAUAGGCAAAAUUGGGCUCAUUUUGUAGCUCUUGAAAUUAUCUACAAAAUGAGCCUAGAUUUUGCAAGUGCGCUCUAAUGAUAAUAUCGAUUUUUCAGCCGAAAGUCUUCCCUUUGUUCAAAUCACAAACAACUACGGUAAAGGAUAUAUUAACAUCGAUUUACAGGUAAGAACUAAUUUUUCCCCCAAAAAUAAAAAAAAUCUGAAAUUUUCAGUAUAACCCAUCGAAUAAUUUUCAUCUACGUUCAAUUCUCCAUGGUGGAAACGAUAAAAGUGUCAAUAUUAAAAUAAAAAAUCACGGUGGAUCUGGGGAUAAGUUCGAACAUUUUGACAUUUCCAACCCGCCACCGAAUCCCAAAUAUAAAGAAUCUCCGAAAUCUGGCGAGGAAUCGGAAAAAAAGAGCACGAAAAAAUCGAAAUCGCUGAUUCUGAGCCGCAAUGAUAUUUUUGUAUAUAUUGGGCUGGUCUGCUUCAUCUUUUCUUUGGUUUUUCUGAUUUUGCCGUUUUUCGUGAGGAAAAACAAUGAUUUUUAUCUUCUUGAACAUUAUGAUUAUUAUCAAGAUUGUGAUGAAUUGCAGUGA